AUGUCAACAAGGGUAACGGCUCGAUGGGCAUUCAACGUUAAUGAGUGGAAUCCGUCUGAUGAACAAUAUCAACAAGUUUUGUCAUUUGUUCAGCCAGAAGAAAAAUCUCGGAUUAAUAGGUUUCAUUCUAUCGAAGACGCAAAACUUGCAUUGAUUGGUAGAUGUUUAAUGAGGUUAUUAUUUUGUAAAAUAUAUAAAUCUAAAUGGAAAUCAAUACAAUUCUCUAGAACCAAAGAGAAUAAACCGAUUUUGGUAAAACCCGAUUUUGAUCAUGUAAUCAAUUUCAAUAUAUCACAUCACGGGGAUUGGGUUGUGUUGGUUGCUGGCGAAAGCUCUUUAAUCGGUGUCGAUUUGAUGAAAGUUGAAUUACCUUUUAAUCAAACUAUUGACGAAUUCUUUGAAAUUCUUAAAGAACAGUUUUCAGAUUAUGAAUGGAACGUGAUAACAAAUCCGAAUCAUACACGAUUCCAGCAAUUACAUCAAUUUUAUCAGUACUGGUGUCUAAAAGAAAGUUAUGUCAAGGCUGUUGGGUUAGGGUUAAAUUUGGAUUUGAAAUCUAUCGAAUUUCAUUUGUCUAAUGAAACCCCAAAUUUGUCAGGGAAUACGCAGUUAACAAAAUCGAAAACACAAUUGUUUAUUGAAAAUGAAUUGCAACCUGAAUGGAAAUUUGAAGAAACAUAUCUUGACGAGUUACAUUGCGUUAGCAUUGCUUAUAAUGUGAUGGAAGAAGGAAAAGACAUCAAGCUUCAAAAUUUUGAAAAGAUUCAUAUUGAAGAAAUAAUAAAAUUUGCUGAAAAGUUUAUCGGUAUUGCCUUGACUGAUUCUCUUGACGAGUUGAUUCAAAAGGAAAAAAUUACCCCACAACUGGCGAUGAAGGUUCUCGUACAAUUCGAUAAAAGCAUAACAGAAGCCCUUGACACUAAAGUUCGCAACAAGGCAACCUUUAAGGCUGGGCAUCUUCAUACCUACCGAUUUUGUGACGAAGUAUGGACAUUUAUCAUUAAGAAUCCUAAUUUCAAAUUAGAAAGUGAUCAGGUUCUUGUUGAUAAAAUCAAGAUUGUUGCAUGUAAUUCAAAAAAACCUGGUGAAGCUGAAAACAAAAGCUGA